AGAAGGGAAAAAAGUUGGAACAGUUGCGAUUAACCUUACUUCAUGAUAAUUAAUUGAGGCUCACAACCGCACGAGUAAAAUCUGUAAAUUGGGUUUUCGAAGAUGUGAGACAAGAAGAUCUAAAUGGCAACACAUGAGCGGUUAACUACCACAAGAGACAUGAGGCAGCGCUCCUCCUCGUUCUGCAUCUCCAAAAAUAACGUGCUCUCUAAUUCUGUCUGCGUGGCUGUUUUUGACAGCUGCAGACAUGGAGAGGGAGUUGGCUGAGUUGUCCAGUUUUUGUGCAACUGUUAAGCUUGCAAGCCAGAAAGCACAAUCAGCACUGGUGCAAAAAGCAGCUUAGCAUCAAAAACAAAGCAGUUGCCACACGACAAUUGUCACCAAAAGCUUUAAGUUUCCAAAAUGCACGACGUUUUCAUCGAAAACUAUGCUGGAAAACCUAUACGAAAAGUGUCUGGCGACUCACUAAGCAUCAGCACCUCGUCAUCUAAGGAAAACGAGAAAGUGCGGGAUCCAUUUACUGCCUACUGCAGCUCAAUAAAAACUCUGCUCAUCAAUAUUUUCCUUCCCCAAGGCUAUCCAUAUUCGGUGAGCGAUGAUUAUAUUGCAUAUCAAGUAUGGGAUACAGUGCAAGCGUUUGCAAGUUCUAUGAGUUCUGCAUUAGCAACGGAAGCAGUGCUGAAAGGAGCUGGCGUUGGUGACAAGUCAGCAUCUGCUUUGGCCGCUUCGCUCACCUGGCUUGCAAAGGACGGUUUGGGAAUGAUUGGUCGCAUCACGUUCGGCUACUUCAAAGGAACUGAACUGGACUACGACUGUAAAAAAUGGCGUCUUGUGGCAGACAUUCUGAACGAUCUUGCGUUCUUUGUGGAUCUUCUUUCACCAGCCUUCUCUGGAUGGUUCUUCGUAUGUGCCUGUACCGCUUCGUUACUUCGGUGCGUAGUCGGUGUUGCAGGUUGGGGUACUAGAGGCGCCAUCAUUCAGCAUCAGGCUCGUCGAAACAAUCUCGCUGAUGUAGCGUCUAAAGAUGGAAGUCAGGAGACCAUGGUGAACGUCUCAGCACUCGUCGCAUCGCUUAUCAUGCUACCUCUAGUCAGCGGGAAGAGGACACUCAUCUGGUUUUUAUUCAUGGUCUUCACUGCCAUACACCUCUUCGCAAACUAUUGUGCUGUCCGUUCAUUGAAAUUGGAAACACUAAAUCCCAAAAGAGCAACGAUUCUCAUCAGGUCUUGGCUAUCUUCCCACACUAUUCUGUCGGUCGAGGAGUGCAACAGAGAAGAGCCCCUAUUUUACGGGUUUGGAAUACGAUAUCUCGGAUGCUCAUUAUACAGACUUUUGGCGUACCACAAAAGAGUUCCAUCUGCACAGCUUCGCGCCCGUGAUGACUAUACACUUCUUUAUGAUAAACAGAGAAAUAUUGGUUGGAUCGCACUGGCUGAAAAUUCGUCUAAUCAUUCGUCAUUGAAAGCCAUUUUUGAUAUGGAAGCCCUUGCUUUCACAGGAGAAGAGGUGAAAUCCAAGGAUUUCGAGGCGUUUACUGAAGCACUGAAAUCCAAAGGAUGGAAAGUAGAGGGCAAUAAUCUUGGUUUCGACGAAUGGACGUAUAUUAGGAAGUAAUCACGAGUUUAACUAUAACUUGGAGUUCGAUACCUCUCAGUCAGUGCCUGUGUAAAUAUUGUAUAGAUCACCGUCGAAAAGUUGCUAGUUACAAAUAAAGGUAUUAUAGCUA